AUGGCUGGGAUGACACUCGGAAGGGCUUGGCAGCAGAUGUCCUGGUUCUAUUACCAGUAUCUGCUCGUCACCGUGCUCUACAUGCUGGAACCCUGGGAGAGGACUGUUUUCAAUUCCAUGUUGAUUUCUAUUGUUGGAAUGGCAUUAUACACUGGAUAUAUCUUCAUGCCUCAACAUAUCUUGGCAAUAUUACACUACUUUGAAAUUGUACAAUGA